UCCAGACGAUCAUGUUGGGAGGCUCGCAGGAUGCCCCUGCGCACUCUCAUCAACGCGCACAAAACGAACGCUUACGCCUAUUACUCGCCCGCGCAAGCAUCUACUCUUCUUUCCUCGCAGACAACCUCGCACAACGACAACUCUCAUGUGCCCAGGGCAACCGCAUGUCCCUCUCUACAUCUUCAGAGAAUGUCGUAGCAGAAUUCUCUGACCCUGACCCAGAACCUCCUGCCCGCGUCACACGGCGAAAGGGUGCCAGACCAAAGAGGCAUCCACGCGUUCAACCAGAUCGACCCGACAAGGUGCAAGAGGAUCGCGUGCAUGAGGUGCUCAGUGAGGGGCGGACAAAGAGACAACCGAGUCUUGUCACGGGUGGUGAAAUGAGAGAGUAUCAGUUGGUGGGCAUGGAAUGGUUGAUUAGUUUGUAUGAGAAUGGGUUGAGUGGGAUCCUUGCCGAUGAAAUGGGUUUGGGAAAGACCCUUCAAUGUAUAGCGUUCCUCGCCCACCUCUACGAAGUCGGCACAAAGGGCCCCUUCCUCAUUGUCGCCCCUCUCUCCACCAUCACCAACUGGGUCGCAGAGUUUAAGCAUUGGGCGCCUAGUAUUCCCGUCGUGUUGUAUCAUGGGGAUAAAGUCGAGAGAGGGUGGUUGAGGAAGAACAAAUUUGGGGUUGGGGUUGUUGUUACGACUUUUGAGGUUGUUUUGAGGGAUCGAACAUGGCUUCAGAACUACACGUGGACAUACAUUAUCAUUGACGAAGGACACCGACUCAAAAACCUAGACUGCAAACUCAUUCGGGAAUUGAAGCGGUAUCCGGCUGCCAAUCGGUUACUACUCACUGGAACACCGUUACAGAACAAUUUAGAGGAACUUUGGUCCCUACUUAAUUUCGUCAUGCCUGAAGUCUUUCAUGAUCGGUCAUUGUUUACGUCCCUAUUUUCCACCCCUACCGACACACCCGACACACCCAACAAAGACACACCCGACACGGACACACCCACAGAGAAUACAACCGACACAACAAGCCUCCCAACCCUCCACGCCAUCCUAAAACCCUUUUUGCUCCGUCGCAUCAAAUCCGAAGUUGACCUCUCCAUCCCACCUAAACGCGAGUGGAUCAUUUACUGCCCGUUAACGACCAUGCAAAAAGAAUUGUAUGAUGCGGUUCGGGAGGGGAGGUUACGUGAAAAGGUUGUGGAGCUGUUGAUGGGGCGUGAUGAUCUUGAUGAGAAAGACUUUGUGGAUUUGUCAGAUGAUGUGGAUCAGGAUGUCGUUUUAGCGGCGGACCUUGAUUUUGAGCAGACUGAUGGUGUACGGCGGGUAGUGAAACGGUUUCGAGAAGAAGAUGAGGAUGCGGAUAUCGAAAAAGCGCAUGCCGUUCAGGUUACAGUCAAGUCCCAAAAGCUCCAAAGCCCCAUCAUGCAAUUCCGUAAAGUAUGUAACCACCCCUUCCUAUUCUUUGGUCACCAAGACGAGACUCCAGUUCCCACCAGCACCAGCACCUACCUCCCCUUCGACCCAACCCACUCCACUCAGCCCCUCAUUACCCUCUCUGGUAAAUUCCUCACCCUCGACCGCCUCCUCCCUCACCUCCUCCCCACCCACAAAAUCCUCCUCUUUUCCCAAAUGACACGCACACUUUCCCUCCUCUCGACAUACCUCUCACUCCGUCAUAUCCCCCAUUGCAGGCUAGACGGCUCCACACCUCUCGAAGUCCGUCAAACUGAAAUCCACCGUUUCACCCAUACAGAUACCCCAAUCUUUUUAUUAUCGACGCGCGCGGGAGGGUUAGGACUCAACCUCACUGCAGCGGAUACAGUCAUCUUGUUUGAUUCCGACUGGAACCCGCAAUGUGACCUUCAAGCCAUGGACCGUGUCCACCGGAUUGGACAAACGAAACAUGUGUUGGUUUUACGGUUUAUUUGUAAAGGAACCGUUGAGGAACGGGUUGUUGAGUGUGCCAAUCGUAAAAGGAAAUUGGAACGGGUGGUUGUUCAUGAACGGCUGUUCAAGGGCACACAUCAAGAUUUUGUGUCGAAUACGAGUGUACCGGAUUCAGAGGUGUUGGGGAUUUUAAGGGAGCGGGUUGUGGUUGAUGCUGUUGGGGAGGGCUUGGUGACGGACGAGGAGGUUCAGAGGGUUUUGUGUCGGGAUUUCAGUCAGAAAGCAACGUCCAGUGGGGAUGGAGGGCAUGAUGGGGGGAGGGUGAGGAUGGUCUAAGUGUUUUUUCUUGGUGGUAUUGUUUUUAUGUACUUUGCUUAUUGGUGUAUCGGUCACUUUUGCUGUUGCUCUUUUGGCGUACUUGUAAAACAAAAUGAAUGUGCAAGUCUAAAC